CACAGAGAUUGCCGUUUAGAUCGGUGUCUGUGAUGAUGGAAAUGGAGGACAACUCAGAGGACGUCAUGGACUCCGAGGAAGAGGACAAUAAACACUCGGAUCCCAUAGUAUUGACAGAUAAUGAAGACUCCGAUGACGAUACUAAUGCCGGCAAUGUCUGCGAACUGGAGUCCAUGCCGUCGAUGCAAUCGAUGCGAUCAAAUCAGAUGUCGACAGUUGUUCCGCAUUUGAUGUCCGACUCGCGGGACGGCAGUCGGGACGACGACACCGGCGAUGGACAGCCGGACCUCAUCAACGACGACACUCUCAGCCAAACACAAAACGUCAAAAUAGUUAAGGUCGUACCCCUACCCCACGCGCGGUCGGAGGUGUGGUCGUACUUCGGGUUCAUAGCCGAUGACGAGGGGGAGAUCCAGGACAAGAAGAAAGCCAUU